AAUUCGUGGAAAAUCUUUACUCCAACAAUGGCGUCCAUUCAGUCCCCAAUUUCUGCCGUAUCAUUCAACAAAGCCAAACGGCCCAGAAGGAGGAUACCCUGUGCAUCACUUUCUCCCGCUCUGAACACAAGGGCCAUGGCGAAGGAGCUGCAUUUCAACCAUGAUGGGUCCACCACGAAGAAGCUUCUGGCAGGGUUGGAACUGGUGGCAGAGCUGGUUGGGGUUACUCUGGGUCCUAAAGGAAGGAAUGUGGUGUUGCAGAAUAAGUAUGGGCCUCCCAAGAUUGUCAAUGAUGGAGAAACUGUCCUCAAACAGAUUGAAUUGGAGGAUCCUCUAGAAAAUGUUGGGGUGAAGCUGAUAAGGCAAGCUGGUGCUAAAACAAAUGAUCUUGCUGCCGGUUUGAACCCUAUCCAAAUUGCUCGCGGGAUUGAGAAGACUGCAACAGCCCUUGUUUUGGAACUCAGAUCCAUGUCAAGAGAGGUUGAGGAUAAUGAGCUUGCUGAUGUUGCUGCAGUUGGUGCAGGGAAUGACUAUGCAGUAGGAAACAUGAUUGCUGAUGCUCUUCAGCAAGUGGGAAAGAAAGGUGUUGUUACAAUUGAACAAGGAAAAAGUACCGAGAAUUGUUUACAAAUCGUGAAAGGAAUGCAAUUCAAUCGCGGAUAUAUGUCUCAUUACUUUGCAACUGAUCGAAGGAAAAGGAUAGUGGAGUUUCAUGAUUGCAAGGUAGGAGAUUGGAAACUUCUCAUUGAUCUUAAAGAGAAGCUCCCUAUUGUAAUAGUUGCAGAGAAUGUCGAGCAGGAAGCCUUGGCUCCCAUUAUAAGAAACAAACUCCGGGGUGUGCUGAAGGCAGCAGUAAUUAAGGCACCCGCCUUUGGUGAGCUCAAAAGCCAUUACUUAGACGACAUUGCUGUCCUGACCGGAGGCACUGUUAUCAGAGAUGAUGCAGGGGUGACACUAGAAAAUGCUGGCGAGGAGGUAUUGGGCUCUGCUACCAAGGUCGUGAUAACAAAAGACUCAACAUUGAUAGUUACAGAUGGAAGCACUCAGGCAGCUGUUGAUUCUAGGGUUUCCCAACUGCGCAAUCUUGUUGAGAACACUGGGGAGAAGUCAUGCAGGAAAACAUUGAAUGAAAGAAUUUCAAGGUUGUCAGGAGGCAUUGCAAUUCUCCAGGUGGGAGCACAAACUGUAAUUGAGUUGAAAGAUAAGCAACUGAGGAUUGAAGAUGCUUUAAAUGCAACUAAGGCUGCAAUUGAAGAGGGUGUGGUGGUUGGUGGUGGCUGCAGCCUUUUGAGGCUAGCUACGAAGGUUGAUGAGAUUAAGGAACAUCUUGAUAAUGACGAGCAGAAGAUUGGUGCGGAAAUCUUCCGAAGAGCUUUGAGCUAUCCCAUAAGAUUAAUAGCCAGCAAUGCAGGUGUCAAUGGUAAUGUUGUGAUAAAUCAGGUGCUGUCAAAUGAUGACCCAGGAUAUGGAUAUAAUGCUGCAAAGAACAGAUACGAGGACUUGAUAACUGCAGGGAUUAUGGAUCCAACAAAGCAGGUGGUACGAUGUUGUCUGGAGCAUUCUGCAUCAGUGGCAAAGACAUUUCUCACUUCGGAUGCUGUUGUACUCGACAUCACCGAAAAAAGGUCUCUGCCGAGGACAAUAUCGAUGCCAUCACCACCCAUUACAUCCAUCCCUGACAGACGACAAAGAGGGCUUGGACCUCUGAGAUUAUAACCACGGGACACUGCCAGAGGUUGAGGUGUAGCGUUUGAGUUUCUUCAAGCGUUCAAAUGGGAUCUCUAGCAUCAGUCAAUAGUCCGCUUGUCAAUGGCAUUCCUGCAGUUGUGAAUGGAAUUAACCUGUGACGCCAUGGGGAUCCACUGGUGGGGAGAAGAAAGAAAAGCAAACCAAUCGUGAGAUCUUAGUUUCGAUUCAUCAAAAGCACAUCAAAGCCUAGCUACGGUCCAAUUGACCUUUUGACUUGCAAAUCAUGCUUCGUGCCAUGCAUCACUAUGAUAUUAUUUACACCUAAGAAUAAAUUCACCUUAAAACAACAUUAUUGCGG